AACAUUACCGACGCCAGAUCUUAGAGUUUAGCGUUUUAACAAAAUAUUUUAGCUAACGUCAAUAAUCUUUGGCAUUAAUUGUCUCGUGGUGUCUUACAAACGGAAUAUGAAUGUUUUUAAUAGCCAUGGCUGGUGUUACAAUAAUUUUUAUUUUUUGCAAAAUAACUCGUUGAAGUUCCACAAACUGGUUGGUUUGUUAGCAAACUAUCAACGUUAGCCUAGCUAGCCAGCGGACCCUCCAUUCACGUCCGCGUUCCGGUCAAGUUCUUUUCCGUAUUCAUGAUGUGGAGGUUGGAUACGUAUAGCCUGCCUCUGGGCUGAAAACAGUGGAGUAUUUGUUCUGUAGGAUAACUUCUUUCUGGCCGAAGACAGUUUAACGACGGCGAAAUUUCGUAAUAGCAAGAACAUGUCGGGAAAUAAGCACUUUGCUAUUUCCGACAAGGAAUCUGACAAAACUGUUCUGGUUACUGGAGGUGCUGGAUUCAUUGGAUCACAUAUGGUAAUUUCCCUGGUGGAGAAGUAUCCAAACUGGCAUAUCAUCAACUUGGACAAACUGGACUACUGUUCAAGUUUAAAAAACCUUGCAUCUGUUGAGCAGAGAGCAAAUUAUAUGUUUAUUCAGGGGGAUGUCUGCUGUCCAUACUUCAUUAAUCGUCUCUUUGCAACACACAACAUUGACAUUGUUUUCCAUUUUGCUGCUCAGACGCAUGUAGAGAAUUCCUUCCAGUGCCCCGCCGAGUUCAUGCGUGUUAAUGUGGACGGGACCCUUGUGCUUCUCAACGCCGCCAGAGAUUCAGGGGUCCAGAGGUUCAUCCAUAUCAGCACUGAUGAGGUGUAUGGAGAGCGCACAAACAGGUCAUUUGACGAACUGUGCCCGAGAAGACCGACCAACCCCUACUCUGUGUCGAAGGCCACCGCAGAGUGUGCUGCACUGUCCUACUGGACAAAGCACAAGUUUCCUGUCAUCGUGACAAGAAGCAACAAUGUUUAUGGACCACAUCAAUAUGUUGAAAAGGUCAUUCCAAGGUUUAUAUCUCUCCUUCAGCAAAAUAAAAAGUGCACCAUCCAGGGGUCUGGCCUCCAGUCUCGCCACUUCUUGUAUGUCGAUGAUGUCACAGAAGCAUUCCUGACUGUGAUGGAGAAAGGCAUGCUGGGAGAAAUCUACAACAUCGGGACCACCUGUGAACUGGCAGUCACGCAGCUGGCCCGCGAGCUGAUAAAGAUGAUGCAGGGUCUGUCUCAGGAUUCAGAUGUUGAUGGCUGGAUGGAGUUUGUUGAGGACCGGCCCUGCCAGGACCUGGGGUACCCACUGAUCUUUGACAAGAUUCAGCGUCUUGGCUGGAGACCAAUGGUGUCCUGGGAGGAGGGAAUCCGGAAGACCAUUGACUGGUACAAGGAGAAUUCUCAUGACUGGCUGGACACUGAAGUCUUUGAACCACGCAGUCAGCCUUUACCUGGUGCGAAACGUAUGCAUCAGCAAUUGGAGAUCAACAGCAUCGACCAACACUCGGAUACGAGUGCACAUCUCACGGAAUGAGAUAUGUAAUAUAUCCAGCUAUUACAUAGCCUCCAUAGUAUUAUCUGUUAUACAGAAUUAACAGAAAAUGUUUUGUAUUAUAUUUUGUAAUCAAUUUGUAUGCAGUUGUGUUUUAUAACUUAUUUUUAAUCAAUGAAGCAUAAGCAAUCUAUCAAUAAAGAAAAAAUAAAAUAUACAUUUCGUAUAAUAUAGAA